CUCAGCCUAGGGUUUUUUUCCACUCCGCGGCGUCUCGCUGUCUCUCUCUCCUCUAUAUAUAAGCCUCCGCCGCCGCCUCCUCACCUCUUCCCCUUCCUAGCACCGCCGCCGCCGCCGCCGCCGCCGCCGCCCGCCGCGCCGCCUCCGUCGCCAUGGCCCGGAUCAAGGUCGACGAGCUACGGGGGAAGAACAAGGCGGAGCUGCAGGCCCAGCUCAAGGACCUCAAGGCGGAGCUCUCCCUCCUCCGCGUCGCCAAGGUCACCGGCGGCGCCCCCAACAAGCUCUCCAAGAUCAAGGUGGUGCGCACGUCGAUCGCGCGGGUGCUGACGGUGAUCUCGCAGAAGCAGAGGGCGGCGCUGCGUGAGGCGUACAAGAAGAAGAGCCUCCUCCCCCUCGACCUCCGCCCCAAGAAGACCCGCGCCAUCCGCCGCCGCCUCACCAAGCACCAGCUUUCGCUGAAGACGGAGAGGGAAAAGAAGCGCGAGAAGUAUUUCCCCAUGAGGAAGUAUGCCAUCAAGGCGUAGGUCAGGGAACAUGAGAGAAUGUUAUGUUUAGCACAUCACUCAGUCAAUUUAUCUGCCCUCGAGUUCCUUGAAUUUUGAUGUUAUCAUGUAUGGACAUGCCUUGUGGUCAAGUACAAUGUGACGGGGGUUUGAGUACUUGCAUGCUAACAUUGAUAUAUCUAAUCUCAUAUCGUCGUCUUCGGUUAACUUGGUUAAUA